ACCCGCUGCGUUAUCAUUUCCCAUAUUUCCCAUUUGGCAUUCCGCCUCACAAGAAACGCCUCUUCUUCCCACCCGAGGGGCAAACUAAUAGGAAGCCACUUCUUAAACUGCUAAACGGUGAAGUAGCUCUUCCCAUUUUGCAGUUUACCCAAAAUUUGGAGCAAACCUGGUGAUUAAAAAUACCGCCCAUGGUCCACGAAAAGAGAGGAGUGCGCUCGACAGAAAUUAAAAAUUUUUAUCAUCACCAAUGUUAAGCAUAAGCAACAAAGGAGAGUAAAACGAAAUAGGGAUGACCCAACAGGGUACGACAAGAUAACGUAAAAUGAAAUGCUCUCCCCAAACCGUAGCCGCCAACUUGUGCCCUUCCCAAACCGUAACUUCCAACUGGUGCCCCCCCCAAAAUGAAGAAGAGAAGCCUCUUUUCAAGCAAAAACCGCCACAUAAAGAACAAAAACUACCUUCGCAAGAAGAACAAAUAUUUCACGGACCAGAAAUUUCUUCGGAAGUUCAAAAAGCUUGCGAAAUCUGAUGAGCCAAAGAAGGAGUUGGUUCGGAGCGACCCCAUAAAGGACUUCUUCUUCACGCCGGAGCGGGCCCACCGGGAUGCGCAGCAGGGAGAAAACACAGAAGAGGGGAAAGAAACGGCGCCACAGGUAGACACAGAACCUGCCCAUGGAGAGGACAGCCAAGACGACCAAAGGGAGGAUUCCCCAGUAAGCACAAAACGGAAGAACAGCGGCGAGGGUGAAACGAAAACAGAGCAACACAAGAAGAACCACGGGAAGCAUGUAAAAUCUGUGUACAGCAAAGAAAUUAACAUAGUUUCGCUGAAAAGGAAAGAGAGAGAGCUAUACGUGAAGGAGAAAGAAGCAGCCAUGCAGAAAAGUGAACAAGAAAAAAAAAAAAAAAAAAUGAUAAGGAUUAAAAAGUUUAAAAAAUUAAAUAAAAAAACAAAGAGGGGUCAGCCAAUCAUGAAGAACUUGAUAAAUCAUUUGUUAAAAAAGAUAUGAUUUUUUUUUAACCUUUUUAGUGUCCCGUGGGGAGUAAUCCUGACGUUGCAGUGCAGUAGUCUCUCUCCCCCGUUCCCUUUUUUUUUCCCCCC